GAGAGAAGAGAGAAGAGAGGAGAGAGAGAGAAAUGUUUCUUGUCAUUCCGUAGUAACGUUUUCGUCGCUAACGUCAUCGUCGAGUUUUCAUGUAGCAAAUUUCUACCAAUUAAUUCUCUGCGUUCUGUCUCUUCGUCUCCCUCCAAACGCUAAAUAAUUUAGUAGACAGAACGCAAAAUCAAAGACAGAACAAUAAUUAAUUGAACAGCGAGAGAAGGAGAAGGAGAAGUGAGAGAGGAGAGAGGAGAGAGGGAGAGAGGAGAGAAGAGAAGAGAGGAGAGAGGAGAGAGGAGAGAGGGAGAGGAGAGAGGAGAGAGGAGAGAGAAGAGAGAAGAGAGAAGAGAGAAGAGAGAAGAGAGAAAUAUUUCUUGUCAUUCCGUAGUAACGUUUUCGUCGCUAACGUCAUCGUCGAGUUUUCACGUGGCAAAUUUCUACUAAUUAAUUCCCUGCGUUCUGUCUCUUCGUCUCCCUCCAAACGCUAAAUAAUUUAGUAGACAGAACACAAAAUCAAAGACAGAACAACAAUUAAUUGAACAGCGAGACACGAACGCCCCUUCACCACAAGCUGUACUUUGUGAGGGCCCGCCGACGGCAACCCCGGCCACCGCCUGCUCAUGGUCUGUGCAGUUCCUUCUGUAGACGUUGCUCGCGCCGCCCUCGUUACAGGUGGGUCUUGCUCGCUCGCGAAUUAAUCCUGCUCUUGCGUGUUUCUGCAUUGUUUAUUCUAACUAAAAAAAUAAAAAAAAUACACAGCACUUCAUCAACUACAUCAAACCACGGCAGCGCGAACUGGAAUCGCGUUGUAGAUUCAGCAUGCUGGGGGGAAAUGUAUUGUGUGAUUAGUGGCUGUUCACAGCACGUGCUUCAGUGAUGCUUGCGCUGCUUGCGGCGUGCUGGCUCGUCUGCCAUUAGCGUCUUAAAAAGGACCUGCUUCGUGGAACCGCCCGCCGCGCAGGUGAGAAGAGACAGAGAGGAACCGGAGAGGAGCAAACUGCAAAUCUAUAUUGAAGGGGGUGAAGAAGUUUGCCUGGACUUCCGUGGCUGCCUCGCAGCUACAAUAAUUAUAUACUAAAUUCAAGGACCUCGCAAUUCGAUAGCGCAUUUCCGCGAACCGCUUCGUGGCCUCCGCUCGAGACGGUACCAAAGCAGCACGGAGGAUCGCCGAGGCCCUUGAGGAUGGCGUCCCAGCAGCAGCCGCCCACCUCAACGCAGCUCACAAGACACGCAGUCAACGGCUUCCGCUAUCAGGUGGCCGUCGGCACCACGGGCCGCGCUGUGCUCGCGCAGGCGGCGCAGUGGCUGUACCAAGGGGGACCAUGCGUCAGGACUUAUUUUCUCAGCCUAGGACACCAAGAAGCUGACUACAGACGCGUGUUUAACAGUGAACAAAGAAAGCUGUUGGAAAAUGGUGCUCCCUUCGAGGAAUAUGGCUUGCCCCUGCUCUUGCUCGUCCUCCAGCUCAUGUGUGGACUCGCUGGGCCGAGCGAUCCAGCCUGGGCGUGCCCUCUCACAGGCCAGCCCCUGGAACAUCUCAUCCACAGGCUAAGCCAGAAGCAAAGCGGCAUUACGCGCUCGAAGGACGUGCAGCAGAUGUCGGACCAGAAGCUGAAAAGGGAAUUGGGAAGACUCCGGCGUCUUCUCUCGAGGAUCCUUCGGCUGGCAGGGAGCCGGUGUGGAAUACCCCCACAUGUCCUGCGUGGCGAGGUCUGGCAGGCCAAGCAGGAUUUGCAGGACCUCACGAAGAAGGUCAGAGAACCUCUCCAGGCCUCAGAAAUGAACAGUCUCCCACAACUGCAGCAGGAAAUCCAGGUAUUCAGGGAAACCCUUCGGCGAAAGGUGGAGGAGCGCAGCCGGCAGGAGUUGUGCGACCUCUAUCCUCAUUUGUGGGAUGUGACUCUUGCGCAGUGGCUAUAUCCGGAGCUGACAGUCCGACCGAGUAUGAAUUUUACGAACUUGAUCCUCCUGGAAAACACGGCAUGUUCGCAAAGCUUUCGUAACUUACCCCUGAAAGACCUCUUGCAAACCACGCACCCAAAAGGAGGCCUACCUGAAGUGAUCCUGAUAUCAGGGGAAGGAGGAAUAGGAAAAACCACUCUGCUGAAAUACAUGCUGGAGAUGUGGGUGAGAGAUCCCUCGCAAAUCGGGGGCCUUCAAGACGUCUCACCCCUUCUCUACCUGCAACUCCGAGGCUCCAGCAUCAGCAGCUGGAAGGAUUUGCUCACGAACGUCCUUUACGACACAUGUCAGGAGUCUGGCCUUACGGUUGACUUCUUUGUUGAUCUCUUUCGAGAAAUGCAAGUUGUCGUGCUUCUGGACGGUUACGAUGAGGUUACCGAAGAGGCAAAGAAACUUGUGACUGAUCUUGCAACGUACCAAGGAAACAUGCGUGUUGUGAUAACCACUAGACCAAGUUGUCUGAUGGAACUAAACAAUAUAGUGAAUGAAAAACAUGUAAUACACAUUGAGAUCAAGGGAAUACGACAGGAAGAUUGUCCUUACUUCGUCGAAAGCACUUUGGCUGCUCUCGUCCAGGACCCACUUUGCAGGUCUACAAUAAAAGAGAAAGUCACCACACGGCUUCAAAGGCUGGUUCUGGAAAAGGUGGAUCUGACUGUUCCAUUGACCUUGGUGCUCAUGAUUAUGCGAGAGAUUGAAGCUCCGGGUCAGAGUUCACAGGGCAUUUACGAGGAUUUGACAAACCUCAUGGCAGGAAAGAUCGAAGAGAGAUUAGUAGUGAGGGGUAUUGAUGAAGCUGACGACAAAGUUAAAGAUUACCAAGAGUUCCUGAAGGCAGUUGCUCUACGAUGUUUGAAGAGACAGGAACAUGAUUUGUUGCCAGAAACUGUGGAGGCUUUGAUAGCAAAGUGUAACAGCCUCGAUCUACCGUAUAUGGAAAUUUUAUCUGGAUUCCUCAUUUCAAAGAAAUGUCGUCAGGGUCUGUUUACCGUCCAAAUGUGGUCCUUCCCACACAAUCGAUUUCAAGAACACUGGGCUGCAAGCCAUAUAGCUACACAGUUAUCAAAGAUGUCCCACUCACUGCCAAACAUGACAGGUUUGUUGGAUUUUGCUUUCCUAACUGAUGCCGAGAAGAAGAAAAAGAUUGGCAUGCCAGGACUGCCAACUGAGGAGGAAGUAGUAACCUUUAUGUUCACCAAAAACCCUAUUCUAAAGAUUUAUGCAGACAAUAUUGAAGAGGCAAGAGGAUUGGUAUGGAACAAUAUACCAGGAAACAUAUCAACACAAGCCAUGCAUAUUAUUUUUAGUGUUACACACAUUUUGUCACUGUCACAGGAAAACUUUCUGGAUAAGUUUGCAUAUGCAAUCAUCAGCUUUAUUUUAUACAGUGAUCAAUCUCAUCUUAUCAGUAAAAACAGUUGCUACAGGAUCUGUGAGACGGUGAUGGCUUCGGGACAACAUCCCAGUAUCUUAAAGGCAGCUGCCAAAGUGCUGGGAAACAGUGGCACACUAAUGACUCGAGGGGAGUAUCUGCCUGGCUUCGUAGCUUUGUUUGACUACGUCAGGCCUUCCUGCGUGGAAGUCUUCAUGAGUAAAGAGACAGAAGAGUUGCCACCAAGCUGGCAGGUCUCUGGUCUGGAGGCAUUGUCCAAGCAGAACAUUGAACUCAUACUCAUAAUAAAUGAUUUAAAGGGUUCUCUUCAGUUUUCUGAGGCAUGUCUCCGGGCAACCACAGGCCCAGGAAGUGUUUGUCGGCUGACCAAGUUCGAAGGUGAAUUGACAGCGGUCGGGAUGCAGCUUCUUCCUGAGAGCCUGGAAAAGAUGAGAACCAUGUCUAACGGGGAGGGAGUGCGGGCUUUAGUGACGAGGCUUCAACUUCUACAGAGACUUCAGAUCUUAGAUUUCAAGGGUCAACUGACAGCCUCCGAGGUGCGCCUCCUGCCCAGCAUCCUGAGGAAGCUGGAAGUGAAGACGGACAGGGAAGGCUUCAGGGCCCUGGCAGCAAGCCUUCCUCGCCUGGUGAAGCUGGAGCAUUUAGACUUCGAAGGCCACCUGACGGAGGCAGAGAUGCCCCUCCUGCCCGAGGUGCUCUUCUCGCUCAGGGUCCAGACAGACGGCGCGGGUCUCCGGGCUCUGGCAAGGAGACUUCCCUGCUUGACAAAGCUGUUCUUGUUGACUGUAAGGCUGCUGGACUGCCCUCCAGUUGACUCUCUGUGUGCCCUUCCCUGUGAGGCAACGUUCCUGACUCUGGACCUCAAGCAUGUCACGCCCCCUUCCUGGGUGUGGGUGUGCGACGCCGUGCACGUCCUCUGCUCUUCACGUAGACAGGAGUUCGACGUGUACGUCCCAUUAGGCUGCGACGCCCUUCAGGUGCAGAGCGUCAGGCAGGAGCUCCGAGGCCGAGGCGCGCAAGUGGUCGGGGAAAGUUCGAAGCAGAUUCGAAUCCUGUCGUGGAACCUCAGCUGCAAGAUAUAGGUCGCCGGUGGAACGCCUCUUGCCCUCUGGGGGAUUUCUGCGCAGCACUGUGUGGAGGUUUUAGAAAUAUCCG